AUGGCGAGCGAUUCAGAAAAGAACGGAGAUGGGCUGCGCGAGCAAGCCUCCGCGAUGAGCGUAAGGGCAGACGACGAGGCAGAUCGGGAGCAGGGCUACGCGUCUGUCAGCGAAGGAGUUGAGAGCGAAAACGAGGAUUCAGGGUGCUCGCCGCCUGCGUUCGAGGCGCGGCGCUUCAGGCGCGCGCAAGGCGCCGAUUCACACGAGGGCGCGCUGCCCGCGCAGGGCUCGGGAGCAGCGGCCCUCGACGAGGGGGGAGAAGGAAAGCGAGCGCCUGGGAGCCGCAGCAGAGCUGCACCCGCGACGCCGCAUCCUCACGCGAAUGUAAACAGAGAAGACGAGAAUAUGUGCAGGACUGCGGAAGCGCCAAUGGACUUUUCUUCUCGAGUCUCGGGUUGCCGCGACCGCGCGGGGCCGCGGGCGGGGCCCGCGGGCGGGUCGGCUGGGGCGAGCGCGCGGGGUCGGCCUGGCAGUUCCUCGGCGUGCGCGUCGUCGCGGGGGUUCUGUGAAGACUGUUUUUCUUCACAGGACGCGGCGCGUUGCUGGGGAUGCCGCCGGAGCCCCAGAAGCCCGCCACCGAGAGAGGAGCCUCGGCGGGUCGCGGUGCCGCGUGAGAGUUCGCUGGCGCGCCUGGGAGGGUCGCUGCGUCUCUCGCUGCUCAAGAGCGGCAUGCCGGUUCGAAUUUCGCUGGACUCGUCGGAGGUGGUGUCUCUGCAGCCGCCGGCGCCGCUGUAUCUCUUUCUGCUGCGGGCGUCGUACCUGCCGCAGGCCGUCAACGCAUGCGUGAACCACUUCCGCGUGUUUGUGAGACCGGGCGUCGCUCACCACGCGGCCUCGGCGCCCGCCCCCUCGUUUUCGUUUCUCGGCUACCCGCUCGACUGGAGGCUGCCUGUCGGCGUCUCUUUCGACCUGCUCGCCAGCGGCGCGCAGCCCGUUCUGCCCUCCGCAGCGACCCGCCCCCGCGGGGGCAGAUCCCGCAGGCGGCAGCCACACGACGCACACGAGCGCGAGAAGAAAGACGUCGACUGUCGCCCGCAGAUGGUGCAACUCGAAAAAAAGGGCGUCGCGGCCGCCUACGGGGCGCUACACGCGAGGAGAGACGGCGAAGGCGGAGGGCAGAGGGCCUUAGAAGAGGUGAAGGACCUUUCGCCGCGACGCCAUUCCAGGCGGCCGCAUUCGCCCUAUGCAGCUGAAGACGCAGACCUGAUCUCGGUAUGCCAGCCCGAGGCGUGCGGCCUGACGGCGACGCUGCCGUGGGCGCUCACGUUCCACUUCCACUCGUCGCCUUCUUCGGUGGCGCGGCAGCUUGCACCGUCGUCAGCGUUCGCGCGAAAUAGCGGCGAGAAGGAGGAUCCGCUGCCGUCGUCCUUGUCUCACAGAGACGCGUGCGAAGCCGAGGGCAGCGCCGAGAAGCGGCCUGCGGCGUCCGCGCGCGCGCAGGGCUGCAAGGCGCCAGGUCUCCCCCUCCUGCUGCCCCCCUCGGUGUCUCCGCCGUACGAAGGCUGGGCGUCCUUCGAGUCUCUUUUCCUCAACAACCUCCGCCAGGCGUCGUACAUGUUGACGGGGUCUGCGGCGGCGUUUCACCGCCUGUCGAAAGCCGACGAACUGAACGUCCUCAAUGCCUUCCGCUCGUCGGACUUCGCCGCCUACUUUGACGCGGUCGCCCCUCUGGAGGGCGACGACCCGACGCGGCCGCUACGUCCCGCCGACGGCUCUCGCGGAGCCCGCGGGGGGGCAUCUGACCCGCGGAGCGGGCGCGCGGGCAGCGACCUUGAGGGGGAAGCCCAGGCGCGCGGGCGAGGAAGAAGCGCGCAAGAGAGAAGAGGCGGCGCCGAAGCGUGCGACGCGCGCGAGGGUCAGGACUCUGCAGCCACUGCCUCGUGUCGGGGCGAGGAAGGCGCGGGGCUUCGGCGGGAGGACGCGGGCCGGGGACGCAAGAGGCGGCAGGACAGGGGGUCGAUGCAGCGGCUGCCCGUGCGGCUUCAUUUUGUGACUCGAGGCGCCGACGAGCGACGGGAGUCCGAGUGUUGGGGCGACGACUCAGAAAGCGACGGUGCGGGCGACGGCGCGCGGGGCGCCUCUUCCUCUUGGAGUGCCUUCCGCGCCAAGUCGAGGAGCUCAGAGGGCGUGCCUCUGAUUACCUCCAUGCUCAUCGCUGCGCCAGUCUUUGCCCGUGAGAGCGAGCAGGGCGCGCGCAGCGCUGCUUCCGAGGCGAGAGGAGAUCCCUCCUCAGUCCCGUCUCGUGAAGAUCGCGAAGCGCGUUCGAUGCGUGCCUCUUCGUUGGCCGCCAGCGAAGGCGCCUCAGAGCAGGGGGGGCACGAAGACGAGGCGAGGGCAGAGGCCGUCAGCGAUGCAGAGGCGAGACAGGCCGUCGAGCGAGACCGCCGCGGCGUCUCUCCGCUUCAGCGCAGCAGCGAGGUCUCGUCGUCGCAUGCAGAGGACUCCAGCCAUCCAGACGCGAUGGCCUUCUACACGCUGGGGGAUCUUUUGCACUCGACAGUGGCGCAGCUGUUCCCCAAGAAGACGUGGCGCAGACUUCCGCAGGCCCCCGGCGACAGAGGACGCACGCGGCCUCGUGAGAGGGAGGCGGUUUCGCGCGCCGAUCGCAGCGAAGUGGAAGCGAGUCUCGCCACGGCGCGGGAGAGAGAGAGGGAGAGGGGGAAGGCGAAGGCGGAGCACGACGCACGGCUCGAGACGCCUGCUUCGCGGCGGCGCGGCCUGCGCCGCCAGCGAGGGGGACGCCGCGAGAGGUGGAGGGAGGGUGCGGACCUGACAGGCGGCUCUGACAGCGAGGCGGGGAGCGUCGAGGAGGGGGGAGUGCGCAGCGAGCUUGAAGAGAGCGAAAUACUGACUCUUCACAGCGGGUACCGGUCGCGUGGAUGCCGCGUCUUCGUGCAGGGGAUUGAGCCGCUCCUGGACACGCCGCUCUACUGGCUGUGGAGGCAUGCGGCCUGCACAGAUCUUUUUCUUCACGUUGUUGUCGUCUUGCCGCCCACCGCGGCCGCGCCGCCACGCGGGGGGGAUCGCUCAGAAUAG